AUGAAGUAAAGCCCAAUAUUUGAAAACCAAUUUUCUUAUUUAAUUUAGUAAUCAAACUCAUACAAAAGGCUUUAUAUUGAUGCUAAUACUACAAUAAAUUUUAUAGCACUUUCAAAUGAUAAUACAUUAUUAGCAAUCUUCCAUCAUCAUAAUGGAGCAGGUUUGCUUAAUGUUUGGGAUCUCUCAACAUAAAAAAUUAAAUAUAAUAUACAAGUACCUAAAUUAUGGUCUGAAGAUGGAAUAUGUAUUUUUUCAAAAGAUAAUAAAUAUAUUUUUUUUGGUUUAUACAAUGAUGUUAAACUUUAAAUUAUAUCCCUUGAAUCAAGAAGGGCAAAGAUAACAGAUUGUAGACUAGGUGGUGCAUUAAAAUAAAUUAAAAUAUCAAUAAAUCCAAAAUAUUGUUGUACUAUUACUUCAGAAUAAUGUUUGUUAUGGAACUAAGACACUAAGAAAGUUGAUAAAAAAAUAAAAACUAAUUUAGAUUUUAUUUGUUGUUGCUUUAAAAAUAAUGAUAAGGAAUUAAUUACAAUCAGUUAUUAAGAACAAGAAUAAACAUAAUUUAUUUUUUGGAAUACUAAAAACUAUAAAAUUUUAAAGAAAUGGGCAGGUAAGUAUAUCUCAAAUCAUGCUAAUUGCAGUGUAAUUGAAGAAAAAUAAAUUUUAAUUGUAGAUUAUCAAGAUGUAUAUGAACAUUAUAUAUAAAUAUGGAGUAUAGUUGGGUAAUGCUUAAUUAGAUCAUUGUAUUAAGCACUUGAUUCUUUUUAAAUUAAGAACAUUUUUAAUUCUAAAUUAAUUGUUGAAUGUGAAGAAGAUGAAGAUGAAGAGUAAGAAGUAGAUGAAAGCAGUCAAAAUUAAAUGAUAGCAUUUUUUGAUAUUUUAACUUUUAAAUAUUAAAGAUUUAAGACUUUUAUAGAAUUAGGCAAAAGAUACUUUAUUCUAGAUAAUGCUUUGAUAAUUGAAAAUAGAAAGAAAUAAUCAAAUAUUACAGAAAUAUUUAUUAAUUUAAAAUGA